UCAUAGGCUAAUGUCUAUGCUUCCGUAGUAUGCAGCUCCUUCCAAGGAAAACACAUUUCAAUGGAAGUCUUGAAUACCAAUGUAAGAAACACAGGAGACCUCUCUACCCUGCCAGCACGCUCCCGCCCAGCACCGGGUUGAGGGUUUCUGAGUACGCGCCGACGGCACGGAUACGCGCACUCAGUCUCCGUCCUCUGCUAGACAUGGCGGCGGAUCUAAACCCGUACUGGCUCUCGUCCCUGCCUUCUUCGUGGAGUUAUGGGGUUACUCGGGACGGACGGAUAUUCUUCAUCAAUGAAGAAGCAAAGAGUACGACCUGGCUGCAUCCCGUCACCGGAGAGGCUGUCAUAACGGGGCACAGAAAGACCCCAGAUUUACCAACAGGAUGGGAGGAGGGAUAUACGUUCGAAGGAGCCCGCUGCUUCAUCAAUCACAAUGAGCGGAAGGUGACCUGCAAACACCCAGUCUCUGGUGUUCCCUCACAAGACAACUGCAUCUUUGUCGUCAACGAACACGUGACUUCGGCAAAGCUUAUCCACCCUGUUAAAGAUCCUGUCACCUCAGUCAAGCCUGUUUCAAUCACCCCGGUUACAGGCGCGGUGACCGACAGGUCAGACAGUGUGUCCGACAGGUUGAAGGCUCCAGAACAGGCUCCCUCACAGGAGAGCGACGGCGUGAAGAAGGAUCGCCCGACGAGCACCAUGAGCGAGGCGUCCAACUACACUGGUGGCUCUGACUACAGCACCUACCCUGGCAGCAGCCCAGCCACACGGCCUUCGAGGUCUUCCAAAAAAGUGCAUAACUUUGGCAAGAGGUCCAACUCAAUCAAGAGGAACCCCAAUGCGCCGGCAGUCAAGAGCAACUGGCUGUACAAACAGGACAGCACAGGGAUGAAGCUUUGGAAGAAGAGGUGGUUUGUGCUGUCUGACAUGUGCCUUUUCUACUACAGAGAUGAAAAGGAGGAAGGCAUCCUGGGUAGUAUUCUGCUGCCCAGCUUUCACAUCUCCAUGCUGUCUGUCGACGACCACAUCAGCAGGAAAUACGCCUUCAAGGCGACCCACCCGAACAUGAGGACCUACUACUUCUGCACAGACACCGUCAAAGAAAUGGAGUCCUGGAUGAAAGUGAUGACAGACGCAGCCCUGGUUCACACAGAGCCAAUCAGGAGACUGGAUAAGUUGAAGUUGGACCGGGGUGGCCCUCAGGAGGUGAACAACAUCCUCAACCACAGCCGGGUCCUGACCCGACCGGAGAUCCAGAACAACGAGAGGAACCGCGAACCGCCACAGCGCCAGCUCUCCCUCACCCGUAGUACAGAACGCGGGGACGCGGACAGGAAACACAAAGACAUAGACAAACACGCCACCACGCCGAGAGACCGCGAACGCUACACCCUGCAGAGGGACGGCGAUCGGUACUCGCUUCAGAAAGACGGCGUGAGCUACACGCUUCAGAGAGACGGCGAGCGCUACCUUCUGCACAAAGACGGGGAACGGUACGCUCUGCAGAAGGACGGUGAGCGCUACUCCCUGCAAAAGGACGCAGGGGAGAGACACGUGGCACAGAAAGGCGGGGAGAAUUACGUCGCAGCGAGGGAUGCCCAGACAGAGAAAUACACUGAGCGGUUUUUAGUACAGAAAGAUGGGGAGAGGUACGCGCUGCGUAAAGAAGGCGAGAGACACACCCUCCAGAAAGAUGGACAGAAGCAUGACCUUCAGAAAUGUGUUGAAAGACAGAUGUCGCUCACGGAGAGAGAUCGCUCGGAUCGUUACGGGACCCUCGAUGACAGGCAGAAGUAUAAAACACUAAGAGAAGGGAGUAAGUAUGGAACACUACAGGACGGAGAGAAGUAUGGGACUCUUGAUAAGUACGGUACCUUCAGGGAAGUGGACAAGUACGGAACCCUCCGUGAAGGGAACCGCUACGGAUUCCAAAGGGACGGCAGUUCUGAGAGGCCUCUGACCAAGAUCAACAGCAUCAAACUCCAGCCAGCACAGGCGGCAGCCAUCGCAGCAGCAGUUAACGCGUCCCGCCAGGGCCAAACCUCCCAGAACGUGGCCCUGCAACAGGUCAACGGGGAGCAGGAAGGGGACCCCAGCCCAGGAGAGAUGAUCGGUACUCUGGGGAGAGGAGCAGGAAAGGCCCAGGUCCAGGGCCAGAACCAGGCACCGGAGCCGGAGAGGAGUCUGACCAGAACCAACUCGAUGAGACAACUGGAGAACUGGGUUAGAACCCAGAGAACACGAGAGGAGGAAGAUGAUUCCCGGAGUAUCACUUCCUACCAGACCCUGCCCCGCAACAUGCCAAGCCACCGUGCCCAAGUCGUGCCCCGCUACCCAGAGGGUUACCGGACCCUCCCCAGGAACAUGCUGUCCCGGCCGGAGAGUGUCUGCAGCGUGGCUGGCUCCGUCUACGACCGCACUCUGGCUCCUGCCUCCAGUUCAGACAAACGGCGGUCCAUGCGGGACGACACCAUGUGGCAGCUGUAUGAGUGGCAGCAGAGGCAGGCGUUCUCCAGGCACGGCCCCCCUCCAGGCCACUACGGCACGCUGCCCAGCCCCAAGACCAUGGGAAACAUAUCGGAGCACCAGGGGGCCGCCCUCUCCAUCCCCACCUCGCCCUCCCAUGGCUCUCUGGCCCUCUACCACACAUUCUCGCCCCCUGGCCAGCAACACCAGGACAACCCGUCUGGCCCGGCCAGGUCCGAGGUGUCUUCGCCGGUGUUCAGGGGCGAUCAGACCAUGACCAUAGACCGAAGGCACCGGACACAUCUCAGCAAGUACAACUACCCACCUGAUCGACGAUCCGUGCCAACUGGCAUUCCGGUCCAGACCAUCACUGUACAGUCACUGCAGGGAAAGACGUCAGAGGAGCUGACCCUGCUGUUGAUAAAGCUGCGCCGGCAACAGGCUGAGCUCAACAGCAUCCGGGAGCACACCGUGGCGCAGCUAAUGACACUUAGCAUGGAGGGGCCCAACGCCAAGGUCAGCGCCAGGCAGGUGCACGGGCACGCCAUGUCAUCAGUCGUCUCCGGGAGUGAGGUCCUGUCCCAUCACCUUCAGAGGAAUCUCAUUUAUCUGGACAGCCAGACGAAGGACAAUGAACCGUUAAUCUUCAUGAUUCACACUAUGAUCGAGAACUCAGCUCCACGGCCUCAACUUUACCAGCAAAUGAGCCCAGAAGACUACAGGGAAAGCGUCUACAGCCACCCGAGGCCAGAAGAUGUCGACACAGAUACCAAGCUGAGUCGACUGUGUGAGCAAGACAAAGUGGUGCGGACCCAGGAGGAUAAAGUUCAACAGCUACACAGAGAAAAGCACACCCUGGAGACUGCGCUGCUGUCUGCCAGUCAGGAGAUCGAGCAGAGCGCGGACAGCCCUGCAGCCUUACAGAGCCUCAUACAACAGAGAGACGUGCUGCAGAACGGGCUGCUCAGCACCUGCAGAGAACUGUCACGAGUUAACAACGAGUUGGAGCGAUCAUGGAGGGAGUAUGACAAACUGGAGUCAGAUGUCUCUCUGGCCAGAACCAAUCUGUUGGAACAGCUAGAGGCCCUGGGCAGCCCUCAGACAGAGCCUCCCAGCCAGCAGCAUGUCCGGAUUCAGAAGGAGCUAUGGAGAAUCCAAGACGUGAUGGAGGCUCUGGCCAAGAACAAACCUAAAAGGACCUCUGACACUGGUUUCUUUGGCUCCAAGCUCCUAUCAAACAUACACAAGAACGAGCCGUUGACCUUGUUGAGGUCACUCUGUCCUGUCCAGGAAAGGAACCCUGUGCCCCCACGUCCGCCCCUCCCCCAUUCCUACGACUCAACCGAGCGCCCUCCCGCUGUCCCCCCCCUCCCCUCACCCUCGGGCGCCAGGUCGAUCGCUCACGCGAACGACACGCGCAAGCCCGGCCAGAGGAACGGAACACACAGUGGGCCUGAUUACCGACUUUACAAGAGUGAACCAGAGCUGACCACCGUAGCCGAGGAGAUGGACGAUGGCAAUGGAGACGACGGCGACAAGGACAGAACACAGACGGAGAAGGUCGCUGACAAGGAGUCUACAGCCACUAAAGUUCCAUUAGGAGUGCCAGUCUACCCGGUGGGCAUUGUGCCUCCUAGGUCCAAGUCUGCGUCGAGCCCCCCAGAGUCUUGCACCAUCGCCUCGUACGUCACACUGAGGAAGACCAAGAAGCCCGACCCCAGGACUGACCGUCCUCGCAGUGCGGUGGAUCAGACGGGUGGCCCGGGAGAGAGGGAGAGCGGUCGAGGGCGAAUGAGCGUGGAGGAGCAGCUGGAGAGGAUCAGGAGACACCAGCAGGCCUCACUCAGGGACAAGAAGAGGAGCAGCAGUUGCAUCUCCCCGUCACGCUCCCCCUCCUUCUCCAAGGAGAACCCCUUCUUCACGCAGGUGAGGCGGGAGGAGGCGUUCUCCACGGACAGCCAGGAGCUGGAGGCGGCACUGCAGGACCUGGAGGAGGUCCGAGACAGAGUCACAGAGCAGCUGGAGAGGGACCGUACCGCGGCCGUGGAGCUGGAGAGAGACCGAGCGGCAGAACUGGAGCUGGAGAGAGACCGGGCGGCUGCGGCGGCGGAAGAAGAGCUGGAGAGGGGCCGAGCCGCCAUCGAAAAGCUGGAGAGGGACAUGACCGAGGUGGCUGCUGCUGUGGAACAAGAAAUGGCCCGUACUGCCCUGGUUGUGGAAGGGGAGCUGGAGAAAGGCAGAACCGCGGUGGACGAAGACCGGGCGGCCGUUGUUACGGAAGAGGAGCUGGAGAUGGACCGGGCAGCGGAACUGGAGCUGGAGAAGGAUCGGGAAGCGGUGGCCGCAGCGGCGGAGGAAUUGGAAAGAGCUAGAGCGGCAGCCGACGAGCUGGUCCGAGCGAAGACUGCGCCGUCGUCGGCUGAGGAGCUGGACGUCGACAGUGCCUCAUUGGUGGAGCUGGAGAUGGAAAUCACCGUGGUUGAGGAGAUUUGUUACAGGGCCGAGGAAGUGGACGUCAUCCCAGUCCGCAGGCUGCUAAGUCUGGAGGAGCCACAGACCCAGACGGAGCGCCCCGGGGUGGGCACUGAGGUUUCUGGGACCCACAGGGCGGCGAUGUUGGAUCACAGUGCCGAUACCCGGUACGAGUGGAGACCCAGAGAACCGCUCCCCACUCCAGGCAGCGCCUCAACCCAAAACAGUUUGCCGACCGCAUUGUCUGAAGGUCGGACUCCUGGGGAGAAACCGGCGGAGCUGAAGCAGGGCGAUGUGCAGGCGGAGGCAGCGGUAAAGGAGAUGGAGAACCAGAACGAUAUUGCUUUGUCCUACGACCUACCAGCAGGGGGAGCCAAACUCAACAACAACAACAUGAUGGCGGUGAAAAGCCUGCCCUCUCCGCCCCAGCCCCCCUCCUCAUCCCUUUCUCCUCCACCUCCUCCUCAACUCAGUGAUGGAUCCCACUUCAUGUGUGUGUAGACCAGUUGGUUGGCUGAACUACACUCCGCCAGAUGUUGACCUUGGUGAGCAGUGACUCAUGAGAGGCACCAGCCUUGAGACCUAAGAUGACAUCCUACAGUGGAAAAAUGGCACCAGCGAGCUUUCACAGAUCGUACCCAGUAGCUCUCUGUACAGGAACGACUGUAGCCAGAUAGACAGUUAUACAGACAGAGAGGACUAGCUCCUCAGGCCUGCUCUUAGUACUGACUGUCUACAGACGAACUGUGACAUCAAAUUCUCAUUCACAUACAGAGAAAUGAAGACAAGGUAAUAUUAUCCGAGAUAUAAUAGUGAUAAUUUUUUCUUUGAGAUACUUUUUUGUUAAGAAUUAUUAUUAGGUGUUAAAUGAAGCAGCGGAAAAAAGCAUACACAUUGGACAUAUUACAAAUGCCUUGCCAGCGCACAUCCUUAUGACAAAUCAAAAAUGUUUUUACUAUUACUAAUGGUAUUAUGAUGGUCUGGUGGUCAUGUCUGUGAGGGAGUGCUGAGGAUCAAUUAGCUGAGUACUGCUUUGAAGAGAUACUGUACAGUUGUAAAUAAGAGCACUAGAUAAAUAUGUCUGUCACACACUAUGGAGAGGGCCAAUCACCAAAUCAAGACAUGAAUGCAGUGCUUUAUUAGGAGCAGGUGGGGGCGCCAAAUAUGGUCAUGUGUUGUUUUUUUUACGGUUUUUAUUCCAAUUCCUUUUCGUCUUAACUUGAGGGCCUAAAACCUUUUUUUCCCACCUCUUUUUCACUGCACUGUCCCUUGUUGUUUUUAAUCAAAAGCCUGUUAAACCACAUUUGUAUAGAAAUAUAUGAAACAUAAAAUUAACUACAGAUUUUUACUUCAAUAAGGUGCCAUUCUAUUGCUGCUGAUGGACAGAGUUAAAAUAUUUUAAUGAGGUUGUGUUUAUUUAUAUGUCGGGACAUUGUGAUCUGGUCGCCGCCGACAACCACACAUGAAUGUCCUGGGUUAGAAUCAAUCUGCUUCUCUGUUUUGUUUUAUAUUGCUGAGAUAUAUAUGUAUAAAUUACAUUUCAAUAUAGAAAAGAUUUUUUAUGAGAUUAGGGUUGUAUGUUAGAUUCUAUCUGGUUGUAUGGAGUCCUGGAGAGAGAAGAGAAUAGUACAUGUAUAAAGCAAUACACAGAUGUUUUGUUUAUCCAGGACUUUAAAUAUAAUGUACAUAAUUGUAAAGUUUCAUUGUGUAAAUGAUGUACACCGUAGAAAGAGCCGAACAGAACUAUAAGAGGUUAUUAUUAUUAGAGUCAAUAUGCAAAAUGGUCAAAUCCCAUCUGUUUUAUAUCAUGUGAAAUAAAUGUUAAUGUUCUUA